CCCAUGCCAUGGACCCUUGUCCUUCGUAGAGUACACUACACCUUGUACCCCACCAACACUCUCCUCGAUCGCUUAGCUCACCACCGUGCGUGCUAUCGGCGGCCGGCCGGCAUCGUCGAGCGGCGGCGGCGGCGACUCCAUGGGGCGGCCGCCGUGCUGCGACAAGGAGGGCGUGAAGAAGGGGCCGUGGACGCCCGAGGAGGACCUCGUCCUCGUCUCCUACGUCCAGGAGCACGGGCCCGGCAACUGGCGCGCGGUCCCCGCAACCACGGGGCUCAUGCGGUGCAGCAAGAGCUGCCGCCUGCGCUGGACCAACUACCUCCGCCCGGGCAUCCGCCGCGGCGGCUUCUCCGACCAGGAGGACAGGCUCAUCGUCCACCUCCAGGCGCUCCUCGGCAACCGCUGGGCCGCCAUCGCGUCCUACCUCCCCUACCGCACCGACAACGACGUCAAGAACUACUGGAACACGCACCUCAAGAAGAAGCUGCUCGUCCAGCAGCACCAGCACCAGCAGCGCGCCCCCUCCACCCUCUCGCCGCCGCCCAACAAGGGGCAGUGGGAGCUCAGGCUGCAGACCGACAUCGACCUCGCCAGGCGCGCCCUGCGCGACGCGCUCUCCGUCCCGCUGGCGGGGAAGAUGAUGCUAAGCGGCACCCGCGGCGCCACGGCCCCGGCGCCGCCGCCGUUGCCCGCCGAGUCGCCGCCGCCGGCGCUGGUGCAGGCGUACGCGCUCACCGCGCGCGACGUCUCCUGCAUGCUGGACGGGUGGGCGCGGCCGACGCCUGGGAAGAAGAGCGGCAGCCCGGCGACGCCGCCGCCGCCCGUCGCCGCGGAGAGCGCGUCCGGAUCGACGUCGGAGCUGACGGAGUGCUCCGCCUCCAUCUCCAGCGCGCCUAAUAGACGCGCCGCGCCGGUGGCUGCCCAGCUGUUCGUGCGAGAGGAGAAGGCGGCGGCGGGCGGGGAGGAGGUGCCGCUGUCGGAGAUCGAGUCGUGGCUGCUGGAGGACGGCGGCGGCGAGCAGAAGCCGGCGCACGACGGCCUCCUGCUCGAUGCGGCCCUGUACAAUUUCGGCUUCUAAAUGCUACUAUUUGGACUUUCUACAAUCUACAUACGCUGCCGAUUCUAGCCUAUGUAAGUUGCCGUUCUUCUUAUGCUUGUGUCAUCCGUACAAAAGGUACGCAGAUGCAUGGCGAUUUGCGUCGCUGCAUGAAGCAACCAAGUGGGGUGAUCGUUGUCUGUGAAAAUGAAGCUGAAAUGUUACUUGAUGAAUGUUACUUGAUGUUCA